GAUUCUGCUCUUCUUCCCGCUGCAGCCCGAAAUUUCCCCCAAGCAAGCCGCCGGCACCAGCCUUGAGAAACCGGCUGGAAAAGCUUGGUUUUGCCUUCCUUUUCUUGUUCUAGAACUGAAAAGGGAACCCAGAAACCUUCUCCCCUGCUGGAAAAUCCGGAUCUGCCCUGCUUUGCUCUGUCCUUCCGCCGGCUGCUCCUGCUUUGUGGGGGUGAUUUGCUCCGGUUUUGGAAUUUUCCUUCCAUUCCCGCCGGCCUUCUUCCCCAACUUGUAGCUCCGGCCUUGCUUGCUGGAUUCUGGUUCCUGAUCGUUCUAUCAGUUAGUGCGUGAAUUGAGUGCUCGGUUUUAUGCGAGUGAGGAUGUGAAACCGAGGACGGGGAAACCACGGGAAGUGACGAGUUAGAAAGCUAGCCAUUUCGAGAUUGAUAUAAACUUUAGAAAUAGAUCAUGAUCUUGUAUUUGGAGAUUUUAUGAUAUCAGAGAGAAUUUUAUAAUUUGAUCUUCAGAUUUUGGUGGUAUCAGAGUGUGAUAUGAUAAGUUCCGAGCCUUGUGCAUUUGUGGGACCCAUAGGUUUGGCUUGAAUCGCUUGACUUGCUAGUCAAUAGCAAGUGGAUUCAAAUUAGAGCUAAUUUCUUGGCAAUGUUUAGAAAAUGGAUAAAGAUAGGAGAACUCGAUCUAGGAAGUCUGCGUUCGGAUUUGUUGAGGGAGGAGGAGGAAAGCGGCGGUGCAGGAAUCGAGAGAAGAGGAUGAGCAGCUAUGGCGAUGCAAGGAAGGGUCCAGAUGUGAUGGAAGGGAAGAGAGGGAGGAGGUCGGAUUGCUACAGAGGUACUUGGAAGAUCAACUGAUGUUGGUUGGAUCUGUGUACGAUUGUGGGGAGGAGGAGGAGGAGGAGGAGGAAGAUCAUGGUGAUCGGGAUUUGCUGGAAAACCCGAUCUGGGUUCUGCUGGAGAAAAAACGAGAAAAAAAAAAAGAGGAAGAAGGUGGGAAGGGUAAAUUUGUAAUUGUAUUUUUAAAAUUUUUUGAUUUUGUAGGGUGUAUUGAGUUGGGUGUUGAUUCAUGGUGUGCACCUAUCAGUGUCCUUAGAAA